GCUAGCCGAGUACGGAUUUUAACCAAUCAUCUCACAACAAUCGCCGCUCCUUGGCCCUAGCUUUAUUCUUUUCUAUGCGUGAUUGUCUAUCAUGGCUCGUAUCAAGUUUACUGUGCCUGCAUCGGCUGUUCAGGUACAGUCCGCUCGAGUUCUUCACGAUAAGAAGAGCGCGACUUCUACCCGGAAGAAGAUACAGACUGAAGUUGAGAGUUCGACUAAGUCGGCCGUAUCUAACGAGUUGUCUCUGAAACAGCAACAAAGCUUAGAGAUGGUACAAAUUAUGCUACAUGUAUCGUUUGGGACAUUGUUUUAUCUUCGGGAAUUCUUACCACUUCCCUGCUUCGAUGAUCGAGACCUGAAAGAGGCUCAACGAGAACGCAGAUAUUCAUACCGAGAAUUUCUCGACUCUAAAUCACGUCAUGGCAAUAAUGCAGGAGAACCAGAUGUCGCAUUCGGUAAUGGAAAGCGAGGCCAGCCACUCAAGGUGAUGAUACGCGGUACCGAUCCUAAGGCAGACAUGAUACUUGAUGUUCUGGAGAACGGCAUCUUCGACGCUUUACGCAAGAAUAUCCUUGAAGCCAUCCAAUUGACUAUCCUUGUGGACAAAGAUGCGCCGCAAAAUGUCCUAGAGUCAUAUACAUUUUCUUUCAAAUAUGCGGGAGGAUCAGAAAAUGUGGACAGUUGCCUAGAAAGCUUGUCGAUAGACCCUGUGGGUUACGUGGCUGACAUGAGAUCGGCACAAUCAGCCAGGGUAGGGCUGGAAACAAUAGUCAGGCGUUUGAUAACACUCAGCACCUUUCUACCUACUCUGCCUAAUAAACGCAACCUGGGAGUCAACCUGUUCUACACGGAAGACUGCCCUUCUGAUUAUGAGCCUCCGGGCUUUACUACGGCAAACAACGACACCAUAAAGUAUCCGCUUAAUGAGAACUGGAGAAAGGAGACUCAGUCGUGUGGGACGAUGAACAGUGGAUGGCAUACUGUUGGACUUAGGGUGACAUCUCUCAAAUGGACAGGGCCAGACCCUGAGGGAUCGGAAACACUACCAACGGUACCUUCACAGAUCGAAUACACAGAUGAGGUUUCAAGGGCAGAUGAUAUUGGUUUUGUCGACGAGCCGAGUGAUUUGUGCCGUAUAGAAGCAGGAAAUGGCGCCGACUCAGGUGAUCAUCUGGUUUUGGACCGGUCAUUAACGUACCAUGACGAUAGUAGCUUUCAAGAAGCAACUCAAGAUAUUGCUGAUAGGCGAAAGCUACAGAAUAUGAUGCAAACCCAGGGAUCUACUUACUCUGAUAGUGACCUCAUACCAACACAGCCAAUCAGCACUGAUCUUGCAAUCGAGGAUAAUUAUAAUUCUACACCACAAUUGGACUCAAGGUGGUCUCUUCCAGAGGAGCGGGUUGCAAAAAUUAGAGAACACCUACGUUUGCAAAAACCGACAUUCGACCUACCUCAUUCUGAAACCCAAUCUCAGGGCCUGGUUAGGUGUCAGUGUGGGUGGAACGGGGAAGAAACAUAUAUGUUAAAAUGUGCCUUCUGUCGCACGCGUCAGCACUUCCUGUGCUAUGGGUUCGAGGACCCGAACGACCCAAAAGUUCCUGACGUUCAUACUUGCUACAAGUGCUUACUGGGGCCAAGUGAUACCCAGUUACUCCAGGAAAUGAACAGCCUUGUGCUCCUGAGAAGAGCUCUGAAAGUCAUUCUAGAUGAGGGAUUUCCAAAUAAGAUCUCAGAAUUUACACAAAAGCUCCACUGUAACGGACAAACCAUUAUCCAAAUAACCGAUAUUUUGAAGAAAAAGGGGUUCAUUCAACCCACACCCGGCUAUAAACUCAAGGGAUUUGCCCGACGGGGGUUGCCAAAGUAUAGCAUCCCACAAUCAGAGAAUGUACGUCAAAGUCUAAAGAAGGAAAUAUUUCACCCCAUGGUGAAAAUAAAACAUUUUUACGCCUUGAAGAAUCCGAAUUGUCCGGAUAGCCUAGAUCCAACUUCAACCAGUCAAGAGCUUGGCCCCAUCGAUGUCCCUACUGUUCAAGCUGGGAACGUGCCAUUCGAGGGCUCCAGGCUGAGAGGUCAUGAGAGACAAAAUUCCAGCGGAGGCCCGCAAGAUCUGCCUCAAAAGAGCCAGGAUCACAAGAGAAAGUCGUUACCGGACUGUGAUAAAAAUGAGAGCUAUGAAUCCGAUGACCUUGAUAAGAACGACCGGGCUGCAGAGGAGCAACUGCAUAACAGCUUCCUAACUGAUGAGAGCAUGAACUCGAAGGCCAGGGGAUCAAGCCAACGAACAUCAAGUAGUCAGGAACCUCGACGUAGCGGCAGGAAAAGGCGUAAGAUAAGCAACUACUCCAAGCUUAUCGAUGUUGGGGCCGAGACGAGCGAUCAUGAGAGCAUCUAGGCUGAGAGAAUGUUUCUGAAAGCACAAAGUGGCCAUCUUGGCAUUACGCUGUCUUCUAACAAUUGGGGAGAUAGGGCGCUGGUGUCGGACCAAAAAAGGAACGAAAAACAAAAGGGCACUCAGGGGCUUGCACCAUAGUAAGCACUUGAACAGGGCGUCGGAGGGAAGUGAGGCAA